AUGUCUGGAGGGACACUCUACCGAUACGAACCAUUGAAUCCCCAGGAUAACAAAAUCAGAGUCUUCAUCUUAUACCCGGGCCUCUUCUUGGAUGAUGUUGUCGCCAAAGUUUCCCACGCUGAACUUGGCCGAAGCAGGUACGAAGCUCUGUCAUACACUUGGGGACCUGCGACCCACGACCAUGGCAAGGUACAUCUCCAACAAGGCGAACCAUGCGCUAGCAUUGGCCUUGAUGCUCUCCCGUUUGUCAAGGUCAGGCCAACGCUCUUGUCAGCUUUAAGAUACCUUCGACUCCCUACCGCGCCACGAGUUUUGUGGAUCGAUAGUUUAUGCGUAGACCAGGAGAACCUGGUAGAGCGGAGUCGAGAGGUUACCAGAAUGGGCGAGAUUUACAAUAAAGCAGAGCAGGUAAUUGUGUGGCUAGGGCCUGACGAUGAUGACACCUCCGUCGCAAUGGAAACAAUCAAGCUUCUGAGUGAGGGUGUUGUCAUGCAGUGGCAUCGUCGUUUGUUCACCACCGUCCCUGGAAGCGCAGCCGAUAUGCUUCGGAAUCGUCCCAAUGACUCGUUGUUGACGCUUUCACAAUGGUCAGCAUUAAGAAGUCUCAUCACACGGUCUUGGUUUACGAGGUUAUGGGUCCGGCAAGAAGUCGCGCUGGCAUCGAGAAUUGUCGUCCUCUGUGGUUAUUUUGAAGCAGAUUGGGAAAACGUCGAAAAGGUCGCCAUUCUCCUGGAGCAUUCUUUGGUCAAAGCCCACAUCUGCUUGAGAGACAUACUCUUCGUUCGUUCGCUUUUUCACUUCCGCGGCUCAGAUGAGCUAAGUUACAUUCUACACCGGUCCAGCUUUUGCGGAUACUCGGAUGGCCGCGACCUCGUCUACGCGAACCUAUCCACCUCAUCGGCAAUCAAGGCGCUUCACAUUGAGCCAAACUACACCAUGUCUGUUGCUGCAGUAUAUAAAGAUCUCAUUCUUCAGUACGUACAGCAUUUUGGCAAUCUGGAUAUCCUCCGUUCUUGUGAUCCACAGAAUUCGCCGCCUGAUUUCGAAUCCUUCGUUCCUGAUUUCGCCGUUGCAAAAUCCGAAUCUCGUCUUGUCAAAGAAUAUGCUCAUGGAGGCACGAGACAUUUGCCAGUCACCGUCGAAAGAGGAAGCAUGCUCAAACUGAAGGGAAAAUACAUCGGCAGGGUCAGCUAUGUUUCCGAGUUCCAAAGAUCUCUGUCCACGGGUUACGGCGAUCGCGCUAAGAACAUCGAUAUCAUCAUGACCUACCGUCGCUGGGAACCGGAAGAUCUCUUCACCGCGACAUAUCCAACCGGCGGCACAUUGUUUGAUGCCUUUGUCGGGUUAUUGGCCGGUGGUGCUUUCAAGGAGGUCUACGGUGGUGCUCAUCAUCCAACAAGGGAUGAAGCCAAGGAAGCCUUCCUGGCAGUCGUUUGGUCUGGUGGGAACGUCAAUAUGGUCGGUGAGUCCAGAUUCUGGAAUUAUGUUGGCGAACUUACUUCGGAUCGGAGGGGUGAGAAUUACUUUCGCACACAGGAUGGUCACAUUGGUACUACUCCGGGGGAUGUCCGGACAGGCGAUGUUAUUAGUGUAUUUCCUGGAGGGAGUGUAGCCUUUGUGUUGCGUCCAGCGUUGGAAGACACACAAAGUGGCUGUUACCAGCUCAUGGGACCCUGCUAUGUCGAGGGCGUUAUGUUUGGAGAAGCUCUGCUUGGGCCAUUUCCGGAGCCAUGGCUCUGCAUGAAGGACAUCGGACUGGGCCGCUAUUGGUGUUUUGGCAAUCGACAAGACGUGGAGACUGCCAGGAGCACGAUAAGGAAGGCACUUUAA